AUGGCAACUGAACCGACAGAGCAGGCAACCAACAGCACUAUUCCACUUGAGCCAGACGCCGACUUUGUGCAAGGCCAGACUGCCGGCGCACCUGCGAAGCCCGUGCUGGUUAUCGGCGGAGGUGUGGUUGGCUGUCUCACAGCUCUCAAGUUAGGUCAGGCAGGGAUCGAUGUCGACAUCAUCGAGAGGCUUCCUCAGACGAGCAACGAGCCGCGCGCAUGCGGCUAUUACGGCGCCGUCCACCAUAUGCUGAACGACAUCGGCAUGUACAAGGUGAUCAGAGAAGAAGGAGGAUUCAUGACCCGUGGCCUCUGUUUCCGCAAGCCGCCCAAGGACGACGGCCAAGGUCGAGGUGGCAAGGUGUUCGGCGACGUCGUUGCAAAUCUGCCCCUGUGCGGCCCCAAUGACCCUCUCACGGAACCGGGCGCGGGCCUGCUGAAUAUGCCGCAAGCGCAACUCAACCGAUUGUUCCUGCGUGAGGCGCUGAAGACGGGCCAUGUUCAGAUCCAUUUCAACCGCGAACUGGUCCGCAUCUUGAAAAACGACGACCACGAAAAAGGCGUCACGGUGCUCACGCGCGAUCCCAACACCGGCGCUGAACGAGAAUUCAAAGCCAGGUACGCCGUGGCAGCAGACGGCGCCCACUCGGCCGCUCGCAAGGCCCUUGGUCUCCCGUACGCGGGCCACACGUGGCCUGAACGGCUCAUCGCCACAAACGUCAUGGUCCGCAACGUCGAGGAAACGCCCAUGCACACGCACUUCGUCAUGCACCCGACACACUUCAGCAUCUCGACUCCUCUGCAAGACCCCGUCAUGGGGGAGAAGACACUCUGGCGGUGGACGUUGGCGGCGGACCCGGCGUUGGAGCAGUGCUCUGACGAGGAAUUGUUGACGGACGAGGUCAUCCACGCGCACUACGCGCGGUGUGUGCCGGGCCCGAGGCCGUUGGAUGUGGACAUCGUGGCGCGGUCGGUGUAUAGGACGCAUCAGAGGCUGGUGCCGACCAUGAGGAAGGGGAACGUGUUACUAGCCGGAGAUGCUGCGCAUUGCAACCAUCCCUUUGGCGCACUGGGCCUCAACACGGGCAUGCUCGACGCCGAAGCCUGCGCCGACGCCCUGAUCAUGAUUCUUAGGGAUUCCUUCCCCGCUGCUCACACCCUAAACACCUACUCGGACUCGCGCCGCAAGGUCUUCCAGUUCUUCGUGGAUCCCACGUCCACCCAGAACAAGCUCCGCGUCCACUCGAACCCCGUCGAGACGGCGGCCGAGGACGAUUGGUACCUCAGGGAUUUGAACCAUAUGACGCCCAAGAAGGCCGUCGAGAUGGCGAGGCCGUAUUUCGAGGGGUGGAGGACGGAUAUGAGGAAGGCUGUUGUCCAGGAAAUGGAGGAUGGAUUUCCCGCACAGGGUUGA